AUGUAAACUUGCUCUGCCCUCAAAAUGUGAAAUUCAGGUUUUGGGAGAAAUGACAGGAAGGUGCUCAGGUUUUCAUGCCUAGAGAGAUUUUGAAAGUUAUUAUGACUUGAAGACAUUAAAAUGAUUAAUAGAACUGACAGGGUUGAUAUCUUUUGGGAUGACAAAGAUUUUCAAUGAGGGAUAAUAUGGAUUGAAGCUUUUCUACACUUAUUUGACCCCUUAAAGCAGCUUGUGCUAUCGGCCUCAUUCCACCAUUAGCUUCACACCCUCAACAUGCACCCUUCUAUGAACAGGGCCAACUCAGGGGUCAGUACCUUGUCCAAGCAUGUGCCAGCAGGCAUACCAGAGGACCCUGGGAUUGAACCACCAACCCAGGCUAGUGAGCCCGGGUAUUCAUCCCAAAUAAUUAGUGGAUGGGCAUUAGGUGUCUCUGUUGGUCUGUGCUUUGGCGUGCAUUAGCAGGACCUGGGGCCUAUGUUUAAAAAAAAAAAAGCGCCCUCAUUCCUGUCUCUGGCUAGUGUGGCUCUGACCAGCUCAUCUACAGUGUGCUUACUGAGUUUCUGCACUGCCACUCAUACUUUACACUAUACAGACUUGUUGAUAAAUAAAUGUUCUUGCAAAUUUCUUAUUCAAAUGGAUUUAUGGUACCAUCUCGUCUUCAUCACAGUCUUUGGGCUGAGCUUGAACUGUCCUCUAAUGGUCUUUGAUAAAUAAAGGUCUAAUAUUCGACUGAUGCAGAUCACAAAUGUGUAUGUAGACUGAAAAAUGGGAAGCAGAGUGUUAAUAAGAUCUACGGCUCCUGACCGAUGUAAUCUCCUCAUGGGACCCCUGUACCCUUGUGUCCUGUCCUGCUGAAGCUUUUAAAACCCAAUUAUUUAUUCAUGAGAUUAAGUGAACAAGCUACUCCCUUUGCUUCUACAAGAUGUUAUAGAGUGUAGUAUAACAUGGUGUAUUAUAUAGUAUGGAAGCAGGGUGAACUGUGGAAUUGGUGCAUUUGAUUUAUUAACUGGUACAACACUAGUUUUAAUUUACCACAUACAAACACAGCUUCCCAUGAGCCUCUUGGGCCAGUCGUCCUAUUCUGGUCUGACAGUGGAUCUCUUAAUAGGAUUAUCUAUUCUCGGGACUGGAGAAAGGCCGAGGAGCAAAUGAGCCAAACACUGACUCGUGAGAAUAUUUUUGUGCGUUCACAAAUGAUGAAGAGUCCACUGUGAACUCUGAAGUGAAUCUGAAUACUGUAAUCAGGCUUUCUCUGACAUUUGGAUUAACUCUGGUGAAGAAAGAGGCUGACGCAGUAAUGAGCGCUGAGCCAGAGGCAGAGAUCAGCAUCUACAACCUGCCCAACAUGCCGGACAGUGACGACAGCGGGGAAGAAACUAGCCAAGAGGAGCCGCCAAUCGCAAGCUGGAGUGAGCUGCCCAUCAUAGAGCGCGUCGGCCUCAAUAGUGUAGAGAUGUCAGAGAAGGAUUUGGAGAUGGCUUUCUCUCAGAUCGCCUUGUCUUUCCGCUGUGAUCAGUACACCCUGAAGCAGAGGCUGCAGGCGGAGGAGCACGCCCGUAACCUGGCUGAGGAGAACAUCCAGCUAGAGCUGAGUAGAGGCAGGGAGACCCUGGAGAUACUGAAGAGCCUGUGUUUGGACAGCAAGCGCAGCAAGAUCCUGCAGAAGCUGGAGCUGUCCCUGGACAUCCUCGGAGGCACCGUGGAGCGGAUCUCUAACACGGCAGAGGUGCUUGGUGCCGUGCAUCAGGAGGCUCGAGUGAGUAGAGCAGUGGAACUCAUGGUGGCUCACGUGGAGCGCCUGAGGAGGCGAUAUGACAGAAAUCUAGCUGAGCUGGAAGAAGCCAGGAGGAUGAUGAUGCAGCAGCAGCAGCAGAGCUCCUGCAGAAACAUCACAGAUCCCAGAGCCUCCACAGAUCCAGAGGAAAGUGACAACAUAAAGAAAGAUAAUCAGCAGAAGCAUGUCCGUAGAAGGGUCUGUGUAUCAGUAAUUUCCAGCCAAACUCAGGUAAAGAUUUUCCUGAAUAAACCUUCCUGCUUUCUUCUCAUGUUAUCAGCCAUAAACCACAGGGAGUGUCUUCUUUGUCUCCAGGAUAGCAAAAAGCGAGACUCCAGAAAGCGUCUCUCUUCCAGCAAGAAGGCCGUCCCUUCCUGCCCGUCUCCCAUGAGCUCAGAGUACAGCUACUCUUUCGUGACCAAGGACGACAGCUACUCAGUGGAGGACAGGCCACACGAUCCAGAUGAAACUCCAUCAGAAGCUCUUCCAGGACCCGCUCCCAUCCUAACCCCAGAGAGCGUCCCAUCAAAACCAGUGAACAACAGCAAGACUCUGAACAAAAACUCCUCUCUGGAUACUUUGCGGCCCAGACACAGGGGCAAAGCAGUGUUAUCCAACAAAGGAAGGGAGAAAAAGAUGGCAAAUAUCUACAGACGGAUCUCCACAGUGGGGAUGUGGAGGCAACAUCCUCUAGCUCACUGGCUGCAGCGCUGCCGGCUGGUUCUCCUGUGCACGUUUGUGAUUUUCUGUGUCGUAACACUGAGUUACUUCUUGUGGUAGUUUCAUGAUACACAGUCAUCAGUUGUUCAUGUGAAUUAGUGUGUCUACAAUUGAGGGCUCUUUGUAAACAAACAUAAAAUGGUUUUUGAUGGCC